GUUGUGUUUUACUUUUUUAUCUUCGCUUCAGCUUAUAAUUUCUUCUUUAUAUGGAGGUGGUCUUCCUGUUACUAUUAUUUAUAAUUGUUAAAAUUUUCAUUACUUUUUACUAUAAUUUGGGUAGUCAUAAUAAAAGAACAUAUCGUUCUAUGCCUUCGGUAUGUUUUUUAGUUGUUUGUACAUCAAGCCUAAUCUCUAUUAAUUUUUUAAAAUAACACCUCUUGGAUUGGUUUGUUCUCUUUUCAAUUUUGUGAAUAUCUUUGCUGGUGCUGAUAAAGAUGCUCAAUAUUAGUUUGUUUAAUAGUUCUUGAAUUGGUUUGUUCUGAACUUUUGAUUCUCUGUUUUGCUUGAUUUGACCUGUUCAGUUUGAUCAGAGUGUGUAUGUUUGUUUGUGUAUGUAUUAUGUUCUUGCUGUAUUUCAUGAGGUGAUUUCUAGAUUAUCGAGAAAAUGUUAAAGAGAAGAAAAAGAAUUUCAGCCCAGUCCUUAGCCGACCAUUUGGUGAUUCGACUCGGCGGUUGACCGUGGUUGACCAAUCAAAAAAUCCAUUGAAGCCUUGAUAAGUUUAAAGCUCUGAGCUACAACAGUUCAAUUGUGCACUUAUUCAAGGUGGCGUAGGCAUUUUGCAAUUUGUGUACCUUGAAAGAAAUGGGUGAAGAAGAAAGUCCACAAAUUACCAGAAGAACCACAAGAGCAUCCUCUUCCAACCCCAAUUUGAACAGUGCAGCUGAAACAGUACUUCAUAAUUGCAAUUCCCAACCUCUAACACACAAUGACCUCGUAUAUGGAGAUGAACCCAUAAGCUUUGAUGAUUUGAUUUGUAGUUUUCCUGGUAGGCGAAUUCAAAUCCUUGAAUUACUGCAGCUCUUGGGUCCCUUGAAUUCUCCAGUGAUUCCUUUAUUUAUUUAUGGAGGGGCAUGCAGAGGGAAAACAAGCACAGUUCUUCAGAUUUUCAGACACCUGAAUCGACCAUUUGUGUAUUCGAGUUGUCUUACCUGUUACAGUCCUCGAAUAUUAUUCGAGUCUAUCUUGAACCAACUCUUGCUUCAUAGGAAACAUGAAGGCAAUGGUUAUUCAAGUGCAAAGCGCUGUGAAAGGCCUUCUGAAUUUGUUAAUUUAUUAAGGGAAGCAUUGGGAAAUAUAAUUAAUAGUCUGAAGGGGAAUAUGGGAAAAUCUAACUCAAAGAAGCUAGUGGGACAAGCGAAAGGGCAGAUUAUCUAUUUGAUAUUCGAUAAUUUGGAGCUUGUUCGGGACUGGGAAAAGAGUUCUAAUAUAUUGCCUUUUCUGUUUAUGCUCUAUGAUAUUAUGAAGAUGCCUGAGGUGGGUCUCAUUUUUAUAAGUAACACCUCGCCGGACACAUAUUACUUCAACACAGGGUAUACAGAGCCUGUCCCUCUUUAUUUUCCUGAAUACACAGAAGAUGAUCUUCGCCAAAUCUUGAUGAGAAAUCAAUGCAACCCAAAACUUUAUUCCUCAUUUCUCGAUGUGCUACUGAGGCCUUUCUCUCGAAUUACAAGACGUGUUGAUGAAUUAUCUACUGCCUUUCCAGCAUUAUAUAAAAAAUAUUGUGAACCAUUGAGUGACUUGGGCAUUUUUCCUAAUGAAAAAAUGAAAAGAAUGUUGUUUAGUCAUCUUCAGCCACAUAUUGCGCCUUCCCUGAAUGAGAUUUUUAGGGUUGAAGCUGGACAUAACAAGGACAAAGCCAAGGGAAAGGGCAAUGCAAGGAAAGCGGGAGUUUCUGAAGCCUCUGAUGAGGUAGAGUUUCAUAUGUCCACUUCUGCAAAGUAUCUUCUUAUAUCUGCAUUCCUUGCUUCGAGAAACCCUGCUACUCUUGAUGCCUCUCUGUUUGAUUCUACUGGGGGUUCUGAUAAUCGAAAAAGAAAGAGGAAGAGCUCUGUAAAAUCGGUGGAGCAGAAGGAAACUGCAGAACAAGAGUUACUAAUGAAGGGACCUGGAACUUUCCCAUUGGAAAGGUUAUUAGCCAUAUAUCAGUGUCUCACAUCUGUUGAAGAGUGUUCGUUUGAUGAAGAACAGGGAACUGAUGGCUUAGGAUGUGAAAAUGGAGAUAGUGGAUUGAUGUCCGACAUUCUUUUGCAACUAUCCAGUCUCUGCAGCGCUAAUUUUAUGAGCAAAGGAGGAAGUUGUCCAUUGGAGGGCUCAACUCGGUACCGAUGCACAGUGAGUGAAGAUAUGGCUUUGAAGGUAGCAAGGAGCCUGAAGUUUCCUUUGUCAAAGUACUUGUAUAGGAGAUAAUAUGCCAUGCGAGAGCUUUCUUACAUUUCCCAAAGGGAAUUUCGAGAAGGGAAAUAUGAUAUUGCCUACACUUCAAAGUCAAUCAACAGUUAGUUUGGUGAACCAUGGAAGGUGCUGGGAAAGAACAAGGAUGUGUUGAUUCCUGUCUUCUCUGUUUUUGGUGGAUGGUCAGCAUUGUACUUGCUGCCAACUGGGUUCCUGCCCUUAUUUAUUUAAUUGAUCAGGGCUUGAAAAAUCAUGUUUGUAUUGUGAUUGAGAUUUUGAAUGCUAAAUGUUUGGAAUUUUUUUAUUGAUGAAAAUUCUGCAAUUGCAGCCAUUUGCCAAAAUUAUGGUGAAAUUCGGAGCAAGAUUGCUUAGAAGAUGCAGUAAUGAAACUUCUGUACUAUGUCCUCUCAUUAGCAUUGUGCAUUUAAAAAUGAUCUUGCUGUGUUAUUGUUU